UAAUCAUAAAGUUUGUGAAGCUCAUUUCCUCAUAAAAAAGUGAAAAACCCUUUAAUAGAUAUUUUUAGUUUUUUACCUCCUUCAAAAAAAAAAAAAAAGCCACGUCAUGUAGUUGGUUCCUAUCACUAGAAAAGCAUUUCUAACGGUCCGAUCAAAAUUUCAGAUCCAAACAACAAAGUAAGUAAAUACUUCGUAAACAUCAUCCCGUCAAAAAUAAAAAUAAAAAUAAACAUCAUACAGAGUAUAAAUACAACUGUAGAUUUAUACAGAUAAAAUAACAAUAAUAAAAAAAAAAACCCUUUUCUAUUACACAAAUCCAAUCCUUCUUCAAAAACCCUAUUUUAUCUCUUUCUCUCUCCUUAAUUUUAAUUUUCCAUUUUCAUUUUCAUUUUUCACUUCCAAGAAAAUACCCAGAAAAUUAUACUAAUACAUAAAGAAAACCCCAAUUUUCGGGGUCCCGAAAAUCUCUCCUCUUUCUCAUUCCUCUUCCAUGGAGCAGCACCAGCAAGUUGGCGGCCUUCUGCCGCCGUUCGCCGUGAAUUCCGCCGAUGCUCAGCCUUCCGCCGUCGCAAACCCAACCCCAACUCAGCCCCAACUCCCCCCUCCAACUCACCCUUCUUACGCCGAGAUGAUAACAGCAGCAAUAAUGUGGGACAGUUCACAAGGGAAAGCAGGAGGAUCAAGCAAGAGAGCAAUAGCAAAGUAUAUUGACCGAGUUUAUACCAAUCUUCCUCCAACUCACUCGGCCUUGUUGAGUCACAACUUGAAGCGGUUGAAGACUUCUGGUCAACUCGUUAUGAUUAAGAAUUCCUAUCAACUUCCUGUUGUUGCUGCUGCUGCGGCUGCUGCUGCUGCUGUUCCUCUUAGAUCUGCUCCACCUUCACAAUUGAAUCCUCAAUCACAAGAUUCAAUGACCCCGAAAAAGAGACCGGGUCGCCCGCCAAAGGCUAAGCCUUUGGGCCAGCCCAGUCCGGGCCCGGUUGGCCCAUCUCCGGCCCCUGCGGCUGGAGUUGGUAAUGGGCCUUCAACUGGUAAAAGGCCUCGAGGUAGGCCGCCAAGGCAGCAGCAACAGCAGCAGCCGGCUGUUGCGGAGGUGCCGUUUGUUCAGCCUGUUUAUGAUGCUCCACCACCACCAGAUGUUGGUUUGAAUAAUGGACAGCCUGUUAAGAGGCGGCCCGGCCGCCCUUUCAAGAAUAAGCCAGUGCCGCAGCCGAUUUAUCAGGCACAAGCUGAAUUUCAGCCUGCUAAGCAAGAAUUGUCGAUUGUUCCUGUGAAUGGUACAGUUUCCGGGGUUCCGAAGAAGCGGCCAGGGCGACCGCCUAAGGUGAAGGGGGCUGCUGCCCCCGGAAUUGCUGCUGUAGGGAGUGGUAAGCCUAGGGGCAGGCCUAAAAGGAGUGCAUUAGCCCCUGUUGCGAAGCCGGUUGGGAAAAGGCCGCGUGGACGCCCGCCUAGGCAAGCGGGAGUGGCUCCUGGUAGCGGUGUUGCUGGUGGGAAGAGGCGCGGUAGGCCUCCUAGGGGGAGUGUCCCGAGUGUGGCCCCACCGAAACCGGCGAGGAAGUAUUCUGGCAAGCCCCGUGGCAGGCCUAGGAAGAAUGCUUCACCUGUGGGGAAGCAAACGUCUGAGCAAGUGGCAGCAAAUGAAGAGUUGAUGAAGAAGGUAGAAAACAUGCAAGCAACAAUCAAAGAUGCUGUAGGUGUGCUUAGGCCUUUUGUACCUAAUGAGGGUGGAGCUGAUGCAUUGGCUGCAUUGCAACAACUCGAACAUCUGUCAACAAUGAGUUUAACUGGAUCUCCAUCUCCAACUCCCGAAGAACCUCCAAUGACAACUACAUAUGUGAAUCCAACCGUUGAAGUCCAACCUGAAACAGAGAAUAUUACUGUAUCAACUAUGGUCCCACCUGUUGUACCACCUGUUGUACCAUUUAGCAUAGCUGAACCCACAAUGAAUGAAACGGCACCAUUGUACGGACCACCUCCGACCAUUGAAGCCCAACAGCCAGUUAGUUGGAUGUCGUCAAGUGAAGCACAAUUGUGAGAUGUAGGAUAAAGUUUGUUGAUUAUGUUGAUUAUUAGGUCUAGUGCUUAUUUAGAGAGGAUGAAAUUUGUAGAGGACUCAAUUAGACGCUAAUGUUAUUUGUAAGAAAGUGUAAUUGCAUAAUCAUCAUUCGGUAUCGAAUUUAGUCACCUUAUCUGUAUUACCAGUAUCUUUUAACAGCUAAAUUGUUCCUUCUGCUUUAUAGCAAUGAAGGUUUGAGUAGAAAAAACCACCCUUGAAUACUGAGGAAGUCAUCAUAAUUUCGAUGUCAAAA